AUACGAUUGUAGAGGCGCUUCCCAAGUUCAUAGUCCACUUCGGGGCAGCCAGUCAACGGUCAAGUUAAGUGUAGUCGAGAACGCGAGAGGCCGGCUUUUGUCGCUCCUUAGAAAUUUUCGUACGACUCGACCUUGAAUUUCGAAAUUUCCCUCGCAUACUCGAAGGGUGAGUAGGUAGAGCCAUCUGUGAAUCAGUCAGAUAACUAACUUCGCUGAAAGAUGUCUUUAGACGAGAAAUUUAAUGCAGCUGCUAAAGAAGUCACCGAAUUGGCUUCUCAGCCUGCCGAUGCCGAUCUUUUGGAAAUUUACGCCUUGUUUAAACAGGCAAGCGUUGGUGACAUCAAUACAACACGACCAGGCAUGCUAGAUUUCAAAGGAAAAGCGAAGUGGGAUGCUUGGGAACAGAAAAAAGGAAUGAGUCAGGAUGAAGCAAAAGAAAAAUACAUCGCCAAGGUCGCAUCGCUUGUCGCAUCUAUUGGAAAAAAAUAGAAUCUUUUUUUUUAUCAAAUUAUAUGAUACCUGCAUAAUUGUAUGUCAAUUUCUGCUUUUUCUACUUUCUUCUCCCCUCUAUUCUAUUCAUAUUUGCACCAAUACCGAUCGCAUAGUACACGAUUUGUACAAUUUAAAAAUUUUUAUAGCAAAUAAAAAACGACACUUGUAAAACACAAACAAAUAUUACACACAACGCACAAAUAAUAUGUCCGCAUAAAUUAUUGAACCCCUGCUAGACUUGUUAUCAAUUCAUAACUCUCGCUGUUUGUUUCGCGGAUCAUUUACAUAAUCCGUCUAAAAAGGAUUGGUAUUUAAAAUUGUGCAAUAUAUGGUAUGAAUUGGUAAUAUGUCGAUACCAAGUGGAAAGGGUAAAAUUAUAUCACAUGAUAGUAUAAAUUAAACGUUACGUCAACGUUGUGCGACAAAUCGAAAUAUAAAUAUAUUACCAAUUAUAUUUAUUAUGGUGUUAUAGAAAUGAUUUAAUAAAAGAUGAUUUACACGUCUCA